AUUAUGGAUGAACAGAUUAAUGAACAGGUGAAUGAACAGAUGAACGAGCAGAUUAAUGAACAGAUGAGUGAACCGAUAAAUGAAUUAGCACAAUUACCAGAAAAGUUUGAUCAACUUAUGAAGCGAACUUCCACUAUUGAUGACACAUUAAUCGAAGCUUAUAGAGAACCCGAAAUAAAUCCACGGGAACUUGCAUCAAAUCCAUUAGAAAAUGAUUCUGUAAAACUGUCCACAAAUGAAAUUAAUGUUGCAUAUAAAAAGAUUCUUGUUAAAAAAAAAAGAUAUAAAAUCUUGUGCUGA